UCAGAAUCUUAAUUUCCCAAAAUUCAAUACGUAUAUACCAGUUUCCCCAUCAGAAAAAUUCUAACUUUUCCCCGCUCUCGAGAUUUUCCAUCAAAGCAAUUAAGAACAAUUUAUCGCACCUUAUUUCCCCAACAAAAGUCACAUUGAAAGGAUAGCAUUUGGAGGCGGCACAACGGGACAGUGGCUGAGAUUAAUCUGUGUGGGAAGAAUUUGAAGUGGGCAAGAUGUCAAAUGGAUUUGUGUGCCUCCAGAUUCUUCUCCUAUGCCUCUUUGUGCAGAAAAUUCACACCGACGACAAGAAUAUCACGAGACUGUUGAACAAUCAACUCAUUGUGAGCAGACAAAUAAUGUGUGUCCUAGAAAAGAGUCCCUGUGAUCAACUUGGACGACAACUCAAAGCUGCUCUUCCUGAGGUGAUCCUGAGGAACUGUCGAAAUUGUUCUCCACAACAGGCUCAGAAUGCCCAAAAAUUGACAAACUUCCUCCAAACCAGAUAUCCUGAUGUAUGGUCAAUGCUUAUCAGAAAGUAUCGUGGAGGUGUUUAAUGCAACGAAGAGUAAAUGAUGCAGGAUAACAGAGGCAGCACAAUGAAUCAAAGAUGAUUUAUCAUUAGUAGAAAUUAAAUUUUUAUUAGUAUUAAUGCGCAUUUCUCGUGAAUUCCGUCAAAUUGUGGUGAGAGUCAUUAAAAACAAAAAAUGAAAAUUCCUCUAAUUAAAACUUAUUAGUUUUCCCACAUAGCAAUAAAUUUAUGUGCAUAUCAACCCAAGUUUUAAAGGAAAUGAGUGUUUCAGAAAGAAAAUAAUCUUUCGUCAAUGUAAUAUUUGUGCCAAAAAAUAUUGAUAAUAUAAUUCACCAUCAUAUCACAUUGAAUAUCAAUUUUAUCAGUAUGAAUAAUCUUAUUUUUUUCCAUUUCGCUAUCAAAGAGAAUAUUUUCCUUUAAAUAUUUCAUUGUUGAGCAAUAAAAUCAGUUCAUUGUCACUUUUCAUGAGGUUUCCAAGUAAAUAAACAAGUCUCAAAUAAAAAAUUCACUCACAAUUAUAUCUCAUAAGAAUUCUCUAUGAAUGAGAAACGUAUAGGAAAUUUUUUACAAUGAUUCAUAUUGAGAUAACAAUUUAUCAUAAAACAACAAAUUUUUAUUAUAUUUCCUUCCAUAUCCUUCAAUUUUAUUUUUUUGACUUUCGCCUUGUAUACCUCAAGCUCAAAAAUCAAUAGUAGAGAAAUAAAAGUCCUAAAACUAGUAGCGUCGUUGAGUAAAUUGUAUAUUAUUGUAUUAUUGUAGUCAACAUAAGUGUGUAAUUUGCAUUGGAACAACAAAGUUUAAUGAUGUCAAAAGCAUAAUUAAAUGAAAUAAAUGUGUCGAUUGUA